AUGGAAGAGAAUUCCCCACUUUUUAAGGAGUCAUGGCUGAUGGAAAAAUACCAAGGGAAAGGUAGAACACGGAAGAGCCAAGGGCAUGAAAUGGGCCAGAUAGAAUGCAGAAGUGAGUCAAGUGUGCAAAAUGGGCCAAAUAGAAUGUGGAGCUGCCCCAGAGAAGUGCCAUCCCAAGGAAUAAAAGCUGUGGCUGCAUCUUGCUCUUACUUGCAUGAGAUUUCUUUGAAAAGAUGCUGCGGCCUCACUGAUGAAGGUGUCCUUGCACUUGCGCUCAACUGCUGGCUGCUGAAGAUCAUUGACUUAGAUGGAUGCUUGAGUAUUACUGACAUGGCCUUACAUGCUCUAGGACAAAACUGUUCCUUUUUGCAAUGCGUUGACUUUUCUGCCAGCCAGGUCUCUGAGAGUGGUGUGCUUGUGUUGGUUAGUGGACCAUGUGUUAAGAAGGUAGAGGAGAUUCACAUGGGGCACUGUGUUAAUCUGACAGAUGAUGCUGUGGAAGCUGUUCUUACCUACUGCCCCCAGAUUUGCAUAUUGUGCUUCCAUGGAUGCCCCCUGAUAACAGAUCAUUCACGAGAAGUCUUGGACCAGUUAGUAGGCCCAAACAAACUAAAGCAAGUAUUGUGGACUGUGUACUGAGGUUAUGGAAAUUUGUCAAACAAUGAAAGCUGGACUCCGUUUUCCAGAUAGGGUCAAUAGAUAUCUGCUGCCCACUUAAUUUAGCAUUACUUCAUGACUAUUGUGUUAUUUAAGCUAUACUCUCAGAGAGUAGACUAAAUCCCCAUGAUAGUAGUUUGUGCUGUAAAGCUA